AUCAAAACAGAUAAAUUAAGGAAGAGUUUAGACUGCAAAUACUAGACUGAAAGAAAGGACGAGAUGACUUAUUUAAAUUAAGCUGCUAGUGGUCACUCUCUCCAGGCGCCGUUCUCUCUCUUUUCUCUCACCCUCCUUCCCUCUCUCUCUCUCUCUCUUUCUGGGAAUGGUGAGUCAAUUUCACCACUGAGAGCUUCAAAUCCGACUGACCUUGAUUGACCUUACUUAUCUCUUCCCCGAGAAAAAAACACCACUCAGAAUUGAGUAGAAGAAGAAGAGUUAGAAUCUAGAGCCAUGAUGGAAACUGGGGAAUUUCCUGCAUGGCUUGAGGUUUUGUUAAAGGAGAAGUUUUUCAACGCUUGUUUGGAUCAUGAAGAUAUUAAGAAGAACGAGAAGAACAUUUUAUGCAUCGACUGUUGUCUUAGCAUCUGUCCUCACUGUCUCUCUUCACAUUCCUCUCAUCGUCUUCUUCAGAUAAGAAGAUAUGUGUAUAACGACGUUCUGAGGGUAGAGGAUGGUUCGAAGCUAAUGGACUGCUCUUCAAUUCAGCCAUACAAAACGAACAGUUCGAAAGUUGUGUUCAUCAAUGAAAGACCCCAGUCUCGACAGUUUCGUGGUUCCGGCAACUUUUGCACCACCUGUGACCGGAGUCUCCAGUCUCCUUACACCUUCUGCUGUCUCUCCUGCAAGAUUAGUGACGUCAUAAUGAGGGAAAGAGGACUCUAUGGGUUUCUUCGCAACUGCAAAUUUCUUCAUUUAACCGAAGAUGUCACGACGACGCCAAGUUCCACGCUUGAACCCACCGGGUCGACCCGAACAUCUUCCGGGACUGGCGGUAACGAAGGAGGAGGAGACAUGUUCUUGUGUCAGGCGCUCGCUUGCACCGCCACAACUGAAAUCGUCCGGAAGAAAAGAAGUAGCUUGUCGACAUCUUGCCGCAGAGUCACGACGGCGGUUACUCAGACUUACACGGAAGCUCCGGCGAACUUUUUAAACCGGCGGAAGAAUACGCCGCCGCAACGAGCUCCGCUUUAUUAGGCCGUAUGGAUUUGGGAUUUCGGUCGAAGUGGUAAGUAGAUUGAAUACACGUAACAAUAGUCUAAUGUUUUUAAAUUAAGAAAAAAAAAAAGCCGUAGCUAAAUAUCAAAUCGAGUUUUAGUUUUUUUUUUUAGAAAAUGAAAUUGAAAAAUAGAUACCAGAGAAAAGAGAAAGAAGCUCUCUCCUGGUUUUGUCUGGUCUGUGUAGUACCGCGUAACGGGAGAAUUCUAUGUUAUCUAUUUUCAAACAAUUUAAAUAUUUUUAGAAAAAUGAAACAGAAUUUUGUAUAGUCCGUUUUAAUUGCCUCCACCUGUUAUUGGUUUUUUUAUUUUAUUUUAUAAAAUUAUUGUAAUUUUCAUGGAGGUGGUGAUUCUCUAACUUUCAUGAUUGCAAUUUCAGUUCACACUAUUAAGGCGGCCUAGAUUUAUUAUUUUACUGCGGAGAAGUUAAAUUUUCAACUCUCAGGGAUUAAAAUUUAAUCAUUAAAUGCAUUGGGCCGACCAUAUCUUUUUUGGCUUGAGUUAAAUGAUUCGUUUGAAAAGAAACGGAAGUAAAAUGGUGAUGGAUAGUAGUGUCUGCAGAGAAUUUAUGAUUGUCUCUUCUUGGAAAUAUU